GUUUUCAUUCAUUCCAGCCAUUCCUUCUUAUCGUCUGCCCGUCGGCACGUAUCGAUACGAAAACAAAUUUCUCUGGUUGGAUGGGCGUAGCGUAGACUCGCGGAAAAAACUUGUACAAUAAUUCGAGUGUCAUUCAUUAUUAAUUUCAGUGCCGAUCUACUAUUUUGCAUUAGAUUUUGUUCGUUCAGUCGUGGUUAAGUGUUCUAAUAUUGCGGACUGAACAUUUGUUAUGCUAUUUUAUUUCUAACGGAGUUCCACAUUAGACCAAAUGGGUGCAAAAGUGUCUAGGACCGAUUUCGAAUGGUCUUACACGGAGGAGCCGCAUGCUAGCCGCCGGAAAAUCAUCUUGGAGAAAUAUCCGGAGAUUAAACAGCUGUUCGGGUACGACCCCCUGUUCAAAUGGGUGGUGACCGCCAUGGUGCUGAUACAGUUCAUCACGAUGCCCAUAGUGCAGCAUCUGUCAUGGCCCGUUGCCAUGGUGAUGGCCUACUGCUUCGGCGGUGUGAUAAACCAUUCGCUUAUGUUGGCCAUACACGAGAUCGCACACAACUUAGCGUUCGGUCAUAACCGGCCGUUUCAUAACAGAUUGUUCGGAUUUUUUGCCAACCUUCCGAUUGGUAUACCAAUAUCGAUAAGUUUCAAGAAAUACCAUCUGGAACAUCAUAGGUACCAAGGCGAUGAAGUUAUCGAUACAGAUUUACCGACGCUAUUGGAAGCAAAGCUGUUCUGUACGACUGGUGGAAAGAUGCUAUGGCUGCUCCUCCAGCCGUUGUUCUAUGCUAUAAGGCCGCUGGUUGUAAGACCGAAGCCGCCUACGCCAUUGGAAUUGGCCAAUCUAGUCAUACAGCUAUUCUGCGACGCUAUAAUCGUGAAGAUGUUUGGUUGGAAAGUGUUAGCUUAUUUGAUAUGCGGAUCAUUGAUGGCUAUGGGCUUACAUCCUGUCGCUGGUCACUUCGUAUCGGAGCACUACAUGUUUAGGAAAGGCUUCGAGACAUACUCUUACUAUGGACCAUUAAACUGGAUCACCUUCAACGUGGGUUACCAUAAUGAACACCACGACUUCCCCGCUGUACCAGGGCGGAGGUUGCCAGAGGUGAAACGCAUAGCAGCAGAGUUUUACGACGAUCUACCACAACACAAUAGUUGGUCUAGCGUUCUAUACGAUUUCGUAAUGGACCCAGCAAUAGGCCCUUACGCCAGAAUCAAGCGAAAGCAACAACAACGUAAGCUGCAAGAGUUAAAUGGUAAGUUAACGAAUUAACUAUGAUCUCAAAGUCAUAAUAGCAUUUAACACUGGAUAGAAAACUACCAUUUUCUACCAUACGGUAACAGUGUUGUCAGUUUCUAAAGAAUUUUCUACCGUUUACCAAUAUAUAUAUAUGAAUAUGUGUAUUUUUCUAUCGUCAAAAAGUUGAAUUUUGAAUACGAAUUUAUGUACAUACAUAUACAGUGUUGUAAAAAGGUAUUUUUGUUUUGGUUUUCAAUGUUAAAUAUGUAUACUUCUCAGUUUUAAUGAUAUUGUAAAUUUUGUAUUGGAAAUGUUUACCGCCAUUUUGUGGAGAUUAAUUAAAAUUGCGGUGAACUAGAUUUUGUUAUGUAAACAAUAUAUUCAGAUGAAUAUCUCUCGAGUGCAUAAUAGUAAUCAAAAAAUAAUGGACACCUAUUUUUUUCUUUUGUCAAACAACCGAAAAAUAACACAGAUAAAUCACGCCAAAGUCUGGUGUACAAUUCUAUGUAUUGUUUGACCAAUGGGCAGAAAGGUGUGAAAGAGAUGGAGUGAUAGUGUGAAUGGUAGUUUGUUUGGAAUUCAACUUACCUUUAUUGGUUUUGAAAUUGCCCAAUCCAUUCUCUCUGUGUCUUUGUUACUAGCAAAGUUUCAGUAGGUUGCCAUUUGGAAAAUAACGAGAUCUUAAUAUUUUUUAAGCGUAUUCUCGAUUUAUUUUUGUAAUGUAUUUUUUUAGUUUUUUAGUGGCCAGGAGGGGUAUAAAUGAUAUCGGGUCCAAUUAUGCCGUGAUUCUUUAAACUUAAAACUAAAUUUAACAUCAGUCUCUCCUUUUCAUUCUGUAUAGAGAAUGACAAGGAUAUACUGCUGUCAAAUUUAAGUUUAGGUUUAGAGAUUCAUGCUAGAAUCGACACCAGUGUUUAACUAAAAUAAUUUAUUCUUACGUAAGGUAUAAAUCAAAUUUAUAAGUAAACUGAAUUGAUUUUAUUAUUUUUCAAAUUCUAAUGUGGAUAAAUAUUUUUGAAGUGAAACUUCUUUACGCACGCUUGACUUGGGGGGUAAGCUGGCGAACGUGUUACUAAAAGUGUGUUCGGGCGAGGCGAACGGGAGUCGAGUGGCGGAUAUAAGCAAGAGAAAGCAGUGCGCGCACACAUUUUCUUUCUCUCUUUCUCAUAUAGCUUGUAAAUGAAAUAAAUAUGUUUAUGUACAUACAUGUAUAUAUUGCACACACACACAUAUGUAUACAUACAGAUGGAGCUAUAGAAGUUUCACUUCAGUCGUGUGGUCAUAAGCAGACUCGUAUUUUUUUCUAAUUUCGUAUAAAAGAUAAAGUAGGUAUAAAUCAUCAAACAAGUUAUUUAUUCAUAUUUACUCCGGCAAACAAGUUGUCAGACAAGAAAUCCUGCGCCUGCGCAAUUUGUCUGCGGUUUUUGCGCUAUUUAUAUUAAUAGUAAUGAUAUCUUUUACCCCUUGUUAACACCAAGGUAUAAUACAUUUAUUUAACAAAUUUUAGACAAUGUCCAAAUUUUUUGUUCACACUUAUAUACAUGUAUAAAACAUGUUGUAUACAAUACUUGCAUCGAGCUUGUUGGAUAAACAAAAUAUGUGAAAUAAAUGAGUGAUUUAUACUCUUGUAAGAUACUAGUUGUCUAUACGCAGUCUAAACGGAAGAAUGUUUUAAACAGUCACAACAUGUAUACAACUUGUUACUUCGUAGAAACGAGAGGUUAGGUCAGUAACAAAUUGUAUAUAUGUCUUGUUUUUUUUUAAACUUGGACACUGACGAAUCAAUAAGGCUCGUAGUGUAGAAAGAUUCUCAGUAAUUAAUCUUGUCUUGAGCAUAAUCAGAAAUGGAUUAUGCUAUAUAUAGCACAUAGCGACAUCCCUUUCUAACUGUACUCAAGUAAAGGUCAACACUUAGCUUAGGUUAAAACAAAAAGGGAAGAUACGGUACGCUCAUACUAGCAUCAAAUAAAAUAUGAUCCGACUCAACUACAUGAGCAACUCUCACACACGCACACGUCUGUAAAUAAACAUUCAAUCGAGCGAGCGAGAUGGAACUGCACGCUUCAACGCAGCGCGAGCGAAACGGCGAGUCCGCUUCCGAAUCCGUACGGCUGAGCUGUAUUGUUGUCCUUUUCUAGAUAACGAAAUGGCGAUUACGUUAAGAACAUUCACGACAAACCAUGAUUUUUACAGUUUUACGAAAGAAAAGUGUUGCCGAGGUUGUUAUUUGAUUUUGAACUAUUUGUGUUCUUUAUAAUAGCAUCGAUUGUAGCAUAACACAGAAUAUACGCAAUAUUGUUAUAUUGAGUCCACAUGCAGCGUGUUUGAAUGUCCAAUUGUGACUACAGCGAAUUGUGGUCAUGCACCACAAUUUAAGCGGAUCACUUUUGAGCUGCGAGUGCCGAAUCUUCCCUUCUUGUUUUAAUUUAAGACACUUGUCAUUCUGUAAUACGAGCCUAAGACUUGGCAACCAAAAUAGUAUGUCAACCAUUUUAUUACAUUAUUCCAGUGUCAAUGAUAGCCUAUCCCAAAUAUUUGUUAUAGCUUAAUGUAAAUUAUGAUAUUACUUUUAUUUGAAGGAAAACUUUUAAUUUAUUAUAUAAUUAGAAUAUUGUUGUGAUGAGACUUGAAGGAAAUGUUCUGUUACAUUCGUUUUUUUAUAUAAAAGUAUAAUUAUACUGUCAUUGAUGUCGAUUCUGGCAUGAUUCUCUAAACCUAAACUUAAAUUUGACAACAGUGCAUCCUUGUCCUUCUCUAUACAGAAUGAAAAGGUGAGACUGACCUUUAAUUUAGUUUUAAGUUUAGAGAUGCACGCCAGAAUUGACACCAUUGCUUAUUUAAAUAGUUCUUAUAGGCUGGGAGUGACAAAAAAACAUAGAAAGCGGUAGAUGUUAUUUUUCCCUUCCAAAUCAGAUAUUGAGGGAUCAUCAAGACGGAAAAUAUAGUACAUAGACGAAUUCCUUAUUGUUUUCCGAAUGUCACUUAGCCUGUUAAAAGUUUUUGAAUUGAAACUUCUUUACGCACACUUAACUUGGGGGUAAGCUGGCGAAUGCGUUACGCGUUACGAAAAGUGUGUUCGAGCGAGGCGAACGGGAGUUGAGAGGAGGAUAUAAGCAAGAGAAAGUAGCGUGCGCGCACAUUUUCUUUCUCUCUCUCUUAUAGCUAGUAAAUGAAAUAUGUAUAUGGACAUAUAUAUAUAUAUUGUACAUACAGAUGGAGCUAAAGAAGUUUCACUUCCGUCGUGUGGUCAUAAGCACACUCGUUUUUUUAUGCAUGUCUAUAUUUGUUAGUCAUUAUUAAGCCGGCACCGCUAUUUGCUAUUUGUGUUUGUUAUUUGUAAACUUGACAUCAGACUGCCCUUUUCAUUACUUAUAAAGCAUGAUAAGGACAGACUGUUGACAAGUUUACAAAUAACGAAUACGAAUAGGCAAGUGAAGUGCCGACAUUGUGGUAAUGAAUUUGACCCGCAAAUUACUUGUACGUAUUUAUUAAUACUAGUUAUUUUAUUUUUAUAAUGAAUUGCUAGCGGUGUAUAACAUGUUAGUUACUCAAUUUUAGACCCAAUUGAUAUUAUAUUAUAAAGCUUGUUUUAGAAUACAUAGCAAUAAUGGAUUGUGUUUAAUGUUUCAAUUUAUUUUGUUUUACAUACCUACCGAGUUUUUGUGAAAAUGAUAUAAUUUAUCCAAAUUAUUAGAAACCAAUACUUAUUGUGAGAACACUUCGUAGCGGACUGGAUAUAGAUUACACGUUACUAUACACAGUGAAUUUUGAGUAUUUUUUUCUUUUAUUUUGGCAACAAACAGUCAUAUAUUUUACAAAAGUAGCUUAUUAUAAUAUUUUUUUCUGAAAUAGACCUAACAGUGCCUAAACAGAAUAUGAAACCAGACCUGAAAUGUGUGUGGGUGUGUGUGUGUCUGUGUGUGUGCGCGUGCGUGUACCUGUUAAACUUAAAUAGUGAGACAGUAAACGUACUACACCCCUAUACACAAAAAUAUUGAUUGAUGUCGUUUACAAAAUAUCCUAGAAUGGUGCAAAUUGGAAAAUAACAUAGUUUUAUUUGAAUCAAUUUAUGACAAUUUAAAUCCUUAAGGUUUCGUUAUUGCACAAUGAGUGGGUUUAAACCAGAGACACUGCGAAAGAAUCAAUCAAAGAAAACAAUAUGUCUUGCAGCCUAAGAAAGGUAAGGAGAAAAUUCGACACGGCCAUCAGGGCCGCGGUAGCAUAAUGGUUAGUGCAUUCGCCCGGAUAGCGAAGGGUGCGGGUUCGAGACCCGUCAGCUCGUUUUUUCUAACAAAAUGUUCUUUAGAAAACAAUUUUUUUUUGCUUAUGUGUAACUUAAAUUAGCUAUAAAAAUUUCUGAGGUAAUUCAAAAUUAGCUGUGUAUAUUCUCUAUAAGUUAUCACUUUUCGAUUCCAGUACUCUCAAAUCCAGUAAUUAAAUGAAAAUGCUGAACAUGUUUAUUUUUUAGAAAGGAGUUCACAUUAUUUUGCUAUUAUGGGUUUUCAUAUAAUUUACACGAAUAUUUAAAGAGGCAGGAUUUGUUCUUGUACCGAUCAAAUCCAAAAAAUACUGGACUUCUUUUAAAAAUUAUUUCUCCAUCAGAAGGCCACAUUAUUCCUGAGUGGCAUACAUUGAUCGGUAAUAGCAAAUAUGUAAUUACAUUUUGUUAAUUUCUAGCGUAUUAGAAAAAGCGAGGGGUAUGAAUAAUGUAUAUAUUGGAAUAUGUUGUGUAUAGUCUAAUAUAUAUCCAGAUUAUGGCGAUAUAUAAAAAUGUAUGUACAUUCGUACCGGGUAUAUAUAACUUUUUAUUAAUAAUAAUGAUAUUAAAUUAAAUUGCUUUCAAUCUUAAAUGAAAUAUUAAGUGUAAAGGCUGAUUCACAUUGGAAUUGAAAACACAAAACGAUUGAAACAGGCUUUGCUAAACCCUAAUGAUAAUAUUUAUAGUUUUUGUAAGUAACCCUCAGAGACUAAAGCAGAUUUAAUUAUAGAUUAAUUUUCUACCUCUAAUGCAAAUAGAAAUAACGCAAAACCUGUAGAAUGUUUUGUAUAAAAUCGAUACUAAGAAAUGAUGAUAACAAUAAUAAUUGUACCCCAUUCGCGGAAACAAGAUGGUGAAGCUAAGCUUUUCUGUGAUUGGCCGGAUUGUGUUCCAGUCGUAACUCCAGCCAAUAACAGUUAGGCCUCUUUGUUGUGUGACGCAGUUUUCCAUUCUUGUGUUUUGUAAGCGAUUGUGUGAUAGAGUGAUAGCUCCACUAACUCGUUUUCGUUAACGGAGUAUGUUUAAUAACGUAAUAUCUAUGAUAUUUUUUUGAUAUAGAUACACGCUUCUAAUUUGACAAUACGAAAUAUAUUGUUAUUGCGAAUACAUAUUGACGACCUCAGUGGCCGAGUGGUUUGUACGCCGGGUUUCAUGGUGUCGCCGACUCGAGAGGUCCCGGGUUCGAAUCCCGGUGGGGGCAGAUGUUUGUGUGAUGAAUACGAGCAUUUGUACUCCAGUCAUGGAUGUUUAAUAUGUAUUUCUAUAUACUUAAAUAUGUAUUUGGGGCUAGGCUAAUUGGUGUGAGUGUUGGAAAUAUUUAUUUAAUUUACAUAUUGGGGGCAGCCGAUAUAAGUAAUUAAAACGAUUGAAAAAGGGGCUGCAACGAGAUUACGAUAAAUACACAAUUACGAAUGGGUUUGCUAAUAGCGUAACGUUUGGAACCUUUGUCGGAAGCUUGUGGUCCGCGUAUUCUUCUAGCUAGAGGGGCACAUGAACAGCACACACAGUCAUAUAAGAAAUUCACAGUUUAUUGUUGACGAAUUCCACUUGUUUGGUUUACCGCACGUAAAGAUUGUGGUUAUACGAUGUUAGCGAGUGCGCGGGCGCGGAACGGAGUGACGUAGGUCCUCUCGCGUGAUCAGUGGCUAACUGUCUGCGUUAGGCUAGUAAAAAACCACAUUCGCAGAUGCAUCGUUCUCGUUGCGAACCUACCCACAUUUGAAAUAAUAAAUAAGUCACCACGAUUAAGUGAUAACGGAACACGAGUCUCUAAAGUCAGGUAACUUAAUAUUCUUGCAUUCAGACAGGCACGCUCUUUCGCCGCGGCUACACUUCGCUUCAACGUGUAAACAUUUUACGUUUUUUCCAGACAAUCAGCCCCUAUGUGUGUUUUUAGUUAGUACACAAAUUACACGGCAACUAUUAGAGACAAGAAAAACGUGUAAUUUCAUUCGUAAGAACAGUUUUAAAGAAAUUAAUGUAAAAAUAGUUGGUGAUUACUUAUUUUGACAGCUUCUGACACGACACCGUUGAUACCGUGGAGCAACGAUAUUAAAUACCCUAGAUACACCAACACGAACAAAAUAGUACCCGAAACUUGUCCAAAAGGUACAUUGAACGAUCCACGGAGCUCCGUAAGAUGAUCGCGUAGUCAAAAUCAAUAUAAGGCAUUAUUUAAAUAUUGAAAGUUACCUUUAAUACAUACUGUAUAAGGUCUUAAAUAAAACGCAUGACGCACAACUUAUUGAUAUAUGCGGAAGAAUUUAGACCUUAGUUCUUUGACUCUACGCGCAAUUCUGAACGCGCUGUUAGCAAUAUAGCAGGCGCGGACCGCGAGGAAAAGAGACGGCUAUAUGGCGACGUAUAACCGACCAUGCAUUUAAAUAUCACAAAUAUUUUAUAUUAAAUCACUUUAUAGUAAGUAUUAUAUGAAAAUUUACUUCAAAUGCGUUAAAUUAACAAACAUUGACUUGAUACCUGUCGAAAAAACGACACUUUUCGUACUCUAAGUUGUUGCCAAGGGAAUAGACUUCAUUGCUAAUCACAGAGGUAUAAGAAUAGAGUGGAGAAGGCGGCUCUAAAAGUGUCCGUCUAGUAGAAAGAGAAAGAAGAUGAGAGACGGCUAGCUAUCUCUCCCUCUUGUGACGCAGAGCAUCCAAUGGCAUCACAUCGAAAUAGUAAGACGCUUACGGUUGCCAAUGCGCAUGCGCGAUUAGAGAGAGAAAGCUAGCGGGCUCUCAUCUUCUUUCUCUUUCUAUUAGAGGGACACUUCCACCUGUAGUAGUCUAGUCUCUAUCUCCCCUACUCUAUUUUUAUACCUCUAUGUUGCUAAUGUGUUUUCAGUUCAUUAUUUUUCUUUUUAAGCAUAAUAAACUGUUUGAUAUUUAUAUCUAAAGGCGUCUGGCUGAACAGCGGCGCUAGAGAUUCUUUAAUAUCCCAAGUGUAUAUUGGUUAGUGUGGCCGGUUGCCAUCUCGGGCGAGGCAUAAGCAAAAUAUGUUUAUAAAAGGGUAUUUAUUUAUUUAAUUCUUAAUGCACAAUUGUACAAUGGCGGACUUAACGCCGUAGGCAUUCUCUACCAGUCAAUCAGGGUGUUGUGGUGAAAAUUAGUGGAUAUGAUUUUUUUUAAAACAUAUGUAUAUAUUUUAAUACUAAUAGUUAUGAUUUAUUAAUAGUGUCAUUAGCCCGUCGUUAAACAGUUGUAAAUCAAAGAAAUGUAAUUAACAACCUGUGAUACUUACUUCAUAAAAAUAAAUAUGUAAUUAUUUUUUAUAAUAAUAUAAAGUAAUUCUAAUAAAUUGUGCCUUUAGGUUUUGCGUUAUUUUUCUUUAAUAAUUUUAAUUAUGUAUAGAUUCUAACUCAUUACCAGUGUAUGAUACAGUAUGUGAGGUGUAUUUUGUGUUUUUUUCAUAUAAAAUAAAAAGUAAUAAACACAUUG